GGGAGAUAUUAUAGACGUAGGAGAAAAGAAAGAUGGCGAUACCUCAUGAAGUCUUAGCUGAAGGAUGGAUCCCUUUUACUGUCGUUGUCGUGAUGACAAUUAUAUUUUCUUGGUUUUACAUUCGUUACUACCAAGAUAGCUCCUUGUCAGAGGUGUCCUCAACUAUCACAGCUAUUGUUGCACUGACUAUAGCAUUAUUAACCUCGGCAUUGGUUCCAGUGGAUAUAUUCUUGGUAUCAUACUUAAAAAAAUCAGAUGGAAAUUGGAAGGAGUGGGGUUCAAAUAGUGCAAGCAGAAAUGACCUGGAGGAUGCUGUUAGCACUACAUACUAUGUUCUAUAUGGAUUGUUGGCCUUCCUAAUAUUUGUGCUUAUGCCAUUCAUGUACUUCUUCUUUGAAGAAAAAGAUGAGGAUGUCACUACCAGGGAGAGGGUUUGUAAUGCAACAAAAUACACCAUUGGAUUUUUUAUUGUGGCUUGUGUUCUUCUUAUGGUUGGAGCAUUUGCACCACUGAAGCAGCCUCCUAAAAAUAUAACCCAAUGGGAUCAGAAAUUUCUCUUCUUGAAAGAUGAACUGAGUGCCAACAAGGGAGAAACAGCACUUUCUCUAUUGAUAGGGUUCUUGUCUCUCAUUGGGCUGCUUAUUAUGAUCUCCUAUACGGCUUAUGGCAUGACAGCACUCCCAUUUGCAAUGCUCAAAGGAUUUAAAAGUGCAAAGAGAGAACAGGAAGCUGUCUCCAGAAGAAUCCAGGAAAACAGAGAGAGAACAAGAAUGAUCCAAGCCAAGUACAAAGAUGGUCGCUCCAUGCACAGGAGGGAUAGGAGACAACUAUCACAACUGGAAGAUGAAGAGCAUUUGUUAACAAGACAGGAUAGGAGGCUUGAAAGUGCACAACUUGGAUGGCUUAACAAAUGCCUCAAGUGCUGCCGUCCAUUUGAAGUUGUGUUUGGAGUAUUCUACUUGCUCUUUUCACUACUUCUUUUUGUUUCACUUCUUCUUACAUGCAUUGACAAGGCAAUCCAUUCUGAAGGUUAUAAAUAUGGUUAUGUUCUGCCCAAGGCCCAGUUGCCGAACCCUAUCAACAUCAUUAUGGUGUACGCACAGCAGGUAUUUCCUUUGGACUAUUGCCUGUUCGUUGCAAUAGUGUUGUAUUUCAUUUAUGCUUCAAUGGCUGGGAUCAAGCGUACUGGUAUACGGUGCUGUUGGAUUAAACUGUUCAAAAUUCGUCCCAGACACACCCUACCUCAAGCCCUGUUGAUGAUGUGUGUCAUGUUGAUGUUGAUCGUGCUGUCUUUGAACAUUAUGCUGUUUACUCUUGCACCCCAGUACGUUAUGUACGGCAGCCAACAUUACAUGGGUAACAGUACUGUAAACAAUGUCACAACCAUCACAGCAUAUGUCUGUUCCACUGAGGUUUCUUCUGAUGAUUGUUUGAUGACGCGGAUUUCAGUGUUCCUCCACCGUUUUUUCUACAAGGUGUGGUUUUUUGGUGCUUGCUAUUACUGGGGUACCUGGCUGUUUCUCUUGGCAUUUUUAAUAGGCUUUGUUGUGUCCGUUGUCAAGAAGCGAAAGACUGUUGUAGAGGAAUACUUGAGUGACAGCGAUUCUGACGACGAUGAGAUGGCACGGGCGUAAACACAGUUUACUACACUGGCAUUCUCGAAAGGUUUGAAUGCCUAUUACCUCUGGCUUGACCCAGGGAACCUCGGGCUUCCUGUGUGUACUCGAAGGACGCGGUUCCCUUGAAACCAGAACCAAGGGGUAAAAAAAUGCGUGUAACAUAGAAAAUCGGUAGCAAACCAGAGCCUAAAAUUGUAAAUAAUGAUCAAGAGAUGAGGAGUUCACGUGAUAGUAGGAAAACUUUCUAAUGAUUCCUAGGGUGCCCGUAUUGAUAAGGAUCGCGAGUAGUCCCUCACUAGAUCGCUGGUUGAUUUAGUAUCGUUUAUGCAUUAGUCAAUUGAAACCCCACCCCCAGACCCCCUGUUGACAUGUUGACUCCACACCGUACCAAAGUGGGGCUGGAUAAGCGCUUUAUAAAUUUGAAUGGCAGUACUGAUGGAGAUAAAAGGACGCACGGGUUUUAAGGCUCCUAUGCAAGAGGAGACUUUCUUGAUAACAUUUUGAAUGUGUACAGACCAAUUCAAAUUUUUGUCUAUUGUGACGCCGAGCGACUUCGUAUGAUCGACUUUUUUAAUUUCGUUAUCGCCAAUCGUUACUUUUAUUGGAAAAUCGUCAUGUGCAGUAAAUUUUUGGCGACAGCCAAUAAUCAUAAAUUCAGUUUUGGUAACAUUCAAACUUAGCUUAUUGCUAAGUAACCAUUUAUGGAUGUUUCUAAGUUCUGCAUUGAGUACAGUAUGCGAUCAGUACGCAUUAAAUUCACCUUGCACUCAC